CAACCUUUUGAUUUUGCGUCUCCUCGUCAUUCGCCAUCUUACAGAGGUUGCAGAGAGAAAAGUGAAGGUUUAAUUAGGGUUUUGCCGGAGGAGACGAAGAGAUGAGUCGCAGUUUGGGAAUACCGGUGAAGCUCCUUCACGAGGCCUCCGGUCAUGUCGUCACUGUGGAGCUGAAGAGCGGUGAGCUUUACAGAGGAAGCAUGAUCGAGUGUGAGGAUAACUGGAACUGUCAGCUCGAGAACAUCACCUACACCGCCAAGGAUGGUAAGGUGUCUCAACUUGAGCAUGUCUUCAUCAGAGGCAGCAAAGUCAGGUUUAUGGUCAUACCAGACAUGCUGAAGAAUGCUCCGAUGUUCAAACGUUUAGAUGCUAGAAUUAAGGGUAAGAGCUCAUCAUUGGGUGUAGGCAGAGGUAGAGCUGUUGCGAUGCGUGCCAAAGCGGCUGGGCGUGGGGGGACCGGUGGAAGGGGUGCGGUUCCACCCGUGAGAAGGUGAUUUACCCUCGGGAGUAGCUUCUACUCCAACACAAUCCUCUGCAUUUUCCUGGUAAAACGCUUGCCUUGCUCCUAUUGUUUAGCCUUAGGGGCAUACUGUAAAAACCAAUGUACCAUCGUUAACGAUGACACGGGCAUGAGAGACAGAGAGAGAGAGGUCCUGAUGCUUUGUUUUUUGUAUUUGGGUAGUAAGAUGUUUGACAUGUUUUCAGAUGGUCUUUUGCUAAUUCUUCAUUUCUGUGGAAGAAAUAGGAGUGCUGUGAAACUUUUAUUUGGUGUUUGUCUUUGAAAUGGUCCUUUCUUC